AUAAGUAUGACGCCGGAGAAUUCGGCCUGCAGGAGGCGGAAAAGGGUGUCAUCUUCACCCAGUUCCCUCCAGUUCUUUACCUUCAGCUAAUGCGUUUUCAGUAUGACUGCAUAGCUAACGCAAACGUUAAAGUCAAUGAUCGCUUUGAAUUUCCAUAUCGCCUCUGUCUGGAUCGCUUUCUUCGGCAUCCCGAGCCUAGCGUGUAUAUCUUGCACGCUGUUCUCGUGCACUCAGGAGACAAUCACGGUGGCCACUACGUUGCUUACAUCAACCCACGUGGCGAUAAUACCUGGUACAAAUUCGAUGAUGAUGUCGUGUCUAGGUCUACUCGCAAGGAGGCCAUAAAUAUGGUGAGUAUCCAUGUGUUCACUUUUUACUUUUUAUGCCUAUACAGCUUGGUGCGUCUUGCUGA